GCCUUUUCCAAAAUCUGGUUUCAAAAAUUAACACCAAAUUUUGAUGACCGCGCUGAGUGUCUCCACUGUCAUUGAUUGAUAGUUGCCAAAAUCUUAUUUCAAGGGAGCUUCAGACGCCCGCCCACAUAACGCAUAAGUACAGCCACACUGUGGUCGAUUUGCAUCCGGUCUUUAUCAGUUUAGUGUUCGCAUUAUUUUUUUUUGUCGUAUAUGUAUAAGAGAUCCGACAUGAAUAGUUUUCACACUUUCUCGAAAUACGCAUCCGUAAGCUGCUCCUUAACAUUGAAAGACUAAAUGGCUUUGUCUGCAGAAGCGAUAAUUGCACUUAUCACUUUGGUUGUCACCUGUCCUCCAUCGCUGCUGCUGAUCUGGGUUUUUUUGAAGCGGACUCGUCGGACAUUACUUGAAUCGAGACUUUUACCUCGCCAUCAGUCACAGAGUGUAACAUCUCAGAUAUCGAAUCGAUACAAUCCGAACGAUCCAAAUAUACUUUUCGACAACAUAUUUUACCGCCGGAAUAUUCGUACAGAGCUUCCCAGGUCAUAUAACAGUCUAUCCCUGAGGUCGCAUCAUAUGACCACCCCAAUGACUUUUCCUCAGUCGACUAUCGAAGGGGAGCCAACCUUCCGUCAGCGGGAUGCACGAAGUGAGAGGUUCGAAGGUACCAUUAUUGUUGAACAGCAUUCAGUCACACAUGCUUCCUUGACUAUACCUGCUCAUACAGUAGGGAUUGUUUAAGCACCACGGGUUUCUUCAGAUUACAAUGGUUUAGGUUCAUACUGAAGGAAGGAAUGGAGUCUAUUAUUUGUGGCUAUACUACAACUUGCGGUGUUCUAUCUAAAUGUCUUCUUGGUAUUAUGGUUCCGGCUAACGGUACCACCUAUUGUCAAAUAUUACUUUCCAUAAACAGUUUCU